ACCUGAGAGCAUAUGGAUGGUCUUAGAGCUCAGUUGUCCUUUGCACUAUUAACGUCAGUUAAUUGUGUUGUACAAUAGUGGAUCGUUUUAGCUGGUAUAUUAUGUACAACAUAUUUUGAUUAAAACUAUAAAACGCUUAAACGAAGGUUUUCUUCGCGUUGUUUUGUUUCGUCGUAAAGCAGGGUGUAGCGACAUUUUUACGACAAUGACGUGACGUCAUUAUCGUAACGUCGAAGACAGUGUCGGUAAAUAAAGGUUUAGCUUUGACUGGUAAUUUCAAAACGUUUUUUGUUGUCCUUUUUUUCUUCUUAAUAUCUACGGUUAUUACAUGUAUACGAGCUAUUUGAAUAACGGGACUGUUGAACCAAAGAUGUCAGGUUGUAGGCAGCUAUGUUGCUAGCUGUAUUCUUACAUUUUGCACAGAUCAGCUCUCUUUAGCUCAACGCUAACGUUGGCUAACGUUAACUGUUACAGCGUGCACUUCACAUUUAUGUUGUUGUGAGACAUCUUUUGCACUAAACUGUUUUCUGAGCUGCGCGUGAGUUCAACUUGUCGCCUUCGCCACUGAAAGCUAGUCGCAUGUGAAAUGUCAGCGCAAAAAGAUUGCGAGUUUUUGGUGAAGAGAGCCCGUGACCUGGUCUCCGAUGAUCCGUGUGCAGCCAAAGCCUGGCUCAUAACAGCCAGAACCCUUUACCCUGCAGAUUUCAACAUACAGUAUGAAAUGUACAUCAUUGAACGCAAUGCAGAGAGGACGGCUUCUGCAGGGAGACUGCUGUACGACAUGUUUAUUAACUUUCCAGAUCAGACCAUUGUUUGGCGAGAGAUCAGUGUCAUCACAGCUGCACUUCGCAGUGAUUCUCAGGACAAACAUGCACAGUUUCUACGAGGGCUUUUUGAGACGCUACCCGGCCGUGUGCAGUGUGAGAUGCUACUGAAAGCCACAGAACAAUGUUUCAACACGUUGGAGAAGGCAGAGAUGCUGCUCCUUCUUCUUAAGCGCUUUCCUGAGUCUGUGGUUCAACACGGAGUCAAUCUAGGAGAAAAAUUGUUAGAGGCGGAGGCAUCAGAUAAUGUGGAGACUCCUGUCAACUGCUUCAGAAAACUUUUUGUGUGUGAUGUCCUUCCUUUGGUCAUAAACAACAUGGACAUGCGCUUGCCGGCCAGCCUGAUGCAGAAGUACAUGCUGAAAGCAGCUGAAUUCUACAUCGGCUAUGUUACCCGUGGACCCUCACCUGAUGUACAGAUACAGGGCUCUCAAGAAGGUGGGUCUCUGAAGUCCCCCACUGUGUCCCGUGGCUCUCAGCGUUAUGUGAUUGACGGUCUGUCUGAAAAAUCGUCAGUGGUAACAGAACCUUGGGAGAGGCUAUUGGAUAUCCUCAGUGUGGUUGGAGCACGCUGCGAGUGGCAGGGAGACAAGGGACAGAGGGGUUAUGUGGACAUGCUGCAGAGAGUCAAGGAGCUGUGUCGCUACCUGCCUGGUCUGGAAGGAGACACAUGGUCCCGCUGCUGCAGUCAAGUGGUCAUCUGUGCUGCGCUCGUUCUCUUUCGCAGCGCCUUCCUCUAUGUCUCAGCUGUGCAGCCUGCACUGUUCCAAGGUUUGAAUGCGUUGAGCUCGGGGCCGUGGAUCCUUGUAGAGGAUUUGAGCUUGGUGUAUAAUGAUGUGGAAGUGGAAAGGGGAGCAUUGAAACACGCACAUAAGAAACGCAAACUGGCAGAUGGGAGAGAGAAGACAAUGAGCUCAGAUGAUGAGGAAGGGUUGGGAAAAGGUCGCGGUCGACACAUUUUGGUGAACAAGACUGAGAUGCCCAGCUGGUCAGAGACUCUGGAGAGUUUUCGCACAGCAAGGGAAAGCUGGGACCUUCUUCACUCCCAUGAUGGCCUGGAAACUGAGUUUAAGAAGAUCUAUGCCUCUUGGAAGACGGACAGCUGGCUGUGGUUCAGAAUAUUCCUCACCGACACAAUCAUAUACCAGGGACAGUACCGUAAGGCCCUCUCCAGCCUGCACCAGAUGGCUGCGGUGCAGCAGCCUCAGCCUGGACAGCAGAGCCCCUCAGGGCAGGCCAGUCUGGAGCACCACAGGGCCCUCAUACAGCAGGCGUCCUGCCACUACGCACUGGGAGAGUAUAGGAUGGCCUGUGAGAAGCUGCUUGAUGUCGUCGGGGGUCUGAUGGCCCCGAGCCAGGAACCAAAUAAGAAUCCAGAGGAUCAAAGUCGAGUCAAGACCAAAAUGAGGAAAGGUAAUGACCUGAGAUUGCUUCCCUGCACCAGCAAAGCUGUGUUACCGUUCUGUCUCCAGCUGAUGUUUGCCUGCUUCAAGCUCCGUGCCUUCACGGACAGCCGUGACGACCUGUCCCUCGGUCACGUGGUGGUGCUCCUGCAGCACGACUGGCCGCAGGGUGAGAUGCUGUUUUUAAAGGCAUUGGAAAAGAUCUGUCAGCAAGGCAGUUUCCAGUAUGAGAAUUUCUUCAACUAUGUCACCAACAUUGACAUGUUGGAGGAGUUUGCUUACCUGCGUACUACAGAAGGCGGCAGGAUUCAACUGGAGCUCCUGCCCAAUCAGGGAAUACUGAUCAAGAACCCUAGUCCCGCCCUGGGGGUGGAGUUAAAUACCCUUCUGCUACAAGGGGUGCAGACGAUGGACAGACACCACACCGUGACUCGUGGGAUCACCAAGGGAGUGAAGGAAGAUUUCCGUCUGGCCAUGGAGAGGCAGGUGUCGCGUUGUGGAGAGAACCUGUACAGUGUGCUUCACCGUUUCUGCAUCAACGAGAAAAUCAUCAUCAUCCAGUCUCUUCCUUGACACCUCGCCUGUGACUUUUGAACCUUUUUUUAUAGUUGAUAUUUCAGGCACUGUUUUAAUGCAGCUGGACUGGCUUCAUGACUCCAACACAGGGCAAAUUUCUCUCUCUCUCUCUCGUCUUCAUCAUCCAUCUAUGAACUCUUAAGAAAAUAUUAAGUCUCCUUGCCUUAAAAGUGAAUCCCUCUUUUCAGAGAGUUGGUGAGAAUACUGGGUUUCUGGAUAUACAGUGAUCAUGCAAUUAACAUAGUAUGUGUGUAGUUUACUUGUCAACAUGUGCACAACCACAUUUUAAGUGGUUUAAUUCUCGUGUGACAUUUGUGGAAGUCAGUUAUGACAAAAGCAUUUUUGAUAUUCUGAAGUCAAGUUUAUUGUUUUUGUUACAAACUUGAAGCGUUUAUAUAAAUGUUUCCAUUAAAUGUCCUUUCAAUGUU